AUGGCGGCGCGUGAGUGCAUCUCCAUCCACGUUGGUCAGGCUGGUGUUCAGAUUGGAAAUGCCUGCUGGGAGCUUUACUGCCUGGAACAUGGGAUCCAGCCGGAUGGACAGAUGCCCAGUGACAAAACCAUUGGAGGAGGAGAUGAUUCCUUCAACACCUUCUUCACCACCCAUGUCCAAUUUGUACUCGAGUGCGAGAAGAAAUUUUUUUUAUUUUUUUUCUUCUUUCCCUCUUCACAGCGUGAAUGUAUCUCAGUGCACGUUGGUCAGGCUGGUGUUCAGAUUGGAAAUGCCUGCUGGGAGCUCUACUGCCUGGAACAUGGGAUCCAGCCGGAUGGACAGACGCCCAGUGGCAAAACCAGUGGAGGAGGAGAUGAUUCCUUCAACACCUUCUUCAGUGAGACUGGAGCUGGGAAGCACGUCCCCAGGGCAGUUUUCGUGGACCUGGAGCCAACUGUCAUUGAUGAAGUCCGCACUGGGACUUACCGCCAGCUGUUCCACCCUGAGCAGCUGAUCACUGGCAAAGAGGAUGCUGCUAACAACUAUGCACGUGGGCAUUACACCAUUGGAAAAGAGAUCAUCGACCUGUCUGACCAGUGCACAGGCCUUCAAGGCUUCCUGGUCUUCCACAGCUUUGGUGGAGGCACUGGCUCAGGUUUCACCUCACUGCUGAUGGAGCGCCUGUCUGUGGACUACGGCAAGAAGUCCAAGCUGGAGUUCUCCAUCUACCCAGCCCCCCAGGUGUCCACUGCUGUGGUGGAGCCCUACAACUCCAUCCUGACCACCCACACCACCCUGGAGCACUCAGACUGUGCCUUCAUGGUGGACAACGAGGCCAUCUAUGACAUCUGUCGUAGGAACCUCGACAUCGAGCGUCCCACUUACACUAACUUGAACAGGCUGAUCGGUCAGAUUGUGUCCUCAAUCACCGCCUCUCUUCGUUUUGAUGGUGCCCUCAAUGUUGAUCUGACCGAGUUCCAGACCAACUUGGUGCCAUAUCCCCGUAUCCACUUCCCUCUUGCAACCUAUGCCCCCGUCAUCUCUGCUGAGAAAGCUUACCAUGAACAGCUUUCAGUGUCUGAGAUCACAAAUGCCUGCUUCGAGCCGGCCAAUCAGAUGGUGAAAUGUGACCCUCGCCAUGGCAAGUACAUGGCUUGCUGCCUUUUGUACCGUGGUGAUGUGGUGCCCAAAGAUGUCAAUGCUGCCAUUGCCACCAUCAAAACCAAGCGCACCAUCCAGUUCGUGGAUUGGUGUCCCACUGGUUUCAAGGUUGGCAUCAACUACCAGCCACCCACUGUAGUUCCUGGUGGAGACCUGGCCAAGGUCCAGAGAGCUGUGUGCAUGCUGAGUAACACCACUGCUAUUGCAGAGGCCUGGGCUCGGCUGGACCACAAGUUUGACCUGAUGUAUGCUAAGCGUGCCUUUGUUCACUGGUAUGUGGGUGAGGGUAUGGAGGAGGGAGAGUUCUCUGAGGCCAGAGAGGACAUGGCAGCUCUAGAGAAGGAUUACGAAGAGGUUGGAGUCGACUCCAUUGAAGGUGAGGGAGAGGAAGAAGGAGAAGAAUAUUAA